AAAAUAGCAAUGAACUCUACAAUGCUUCAGUAUACCUUACGUUCUGCUGAUGUUUUUGCCAAAAAUUUCAUCAUUGUUCUUCUUGGGAUUCUAAUUACCUCUAUCAAUGGAGUAUUUGUUUUCACCUUCUUUAGAAGUUCAAUUUUCUACAAUGAUCCGAGAUAUAUAUUAUAUAUUAAUUUGGUUAUAAAUGAUACGCUGAUGGUUUGUAUCACUGUUGUUCUUUUUGUGAUGUCUUAUGUAUGGCAAAAUUUUCCUGUACCUUUUUGUAUAACACUGUUAAUAAUAGCCUCAGCAACUCAUAAGAACACUCCACUGACUUUAGCUGGUAUGGCUGUUGAGCGUUACAUUGCCAUCUGCAAACCACUGCAUCACUCUCAGAUUUGCACUGUGUGCAGGACGUACAUCCUAAUCUCUCUGAUUUGGAUUGUUGGAGUUAUACCUGGAUUGGCUGACUUGAUUGUGCUUUUAAUUGCUCGUCCUUUCAAUAUCUUUACAAAAGUUACUUUUUGUAGUGCAGCAAUGUUGUAUAACACACCGUACCAUGAAGAACAGAGCAAAGCUAUGAAUGGCCUUUAUUCAUCUGCUGUAUGGGUUAUUCUUUUAUUCACUUAUUGUAGGGUGCUGGUUACAGCCAGAAAGGCCACUAUUGAUAAAUUUUCAGCUACAAAGACCCAGAACACCAUUCUGUUACAUGGAAUACAGCUAAUGCUCUGUAUGUUGUCCUACAUUACUCCAGUUAUAGACAAGAUUUAUGCCCCACUCAUACCAGCUGAUCGCACAAAACUGGUCUUUUUAAAUUAUCUUCUAACAAACUUAGUACCGCGACUACUUAGCCCCUUGAUUUAUGGUGUUCGGGAUAAACAUUUUUUAAAACACAUGAAAGGACUAUUUUCAUGCAUAUUACAUAAGGUUGUACCAACCAAACAUUAUCAGUUAAAUACAUUUGGUUGA